CGACGUCGGGCACGUUGACGCCGGCGACGCGCAGCCGGGCCCGCUCCUCCUGUGCUCUGCCAGUGUCCGGCCGCGGGCCGGCCUUAGUGACUGGGGGCGGCGGGCCCGGGGCCGCGGGCGCGGGGCGGGCGGCGGGCGCGGGCUGCCUUCGUCGGGCCCCGAGCUCGCCUGGAGCGAGCAGCCGCCCGCGAGCCGCCGCGGAGCCUCCUCGCCCGCUCCCGCCGGCGAGCAAGAUGAUGUGCGAGGUGAUGCCGACCAUCAGUGAAGCAGAAGGCCCCCCAGGAGGAAGUGGGAGCCAUGGGUCCAGCUCCCCUUCACAGCCAGAUGCAGAUUCACAUUUUGAACAGUUGAUGGUCUCCAUGCUGGAAGAGAGGGACCGUCUCCUUGACACUCUGAGAGAGACCCAAGAAACGCUGGCAUUAACCCAGGGGAAAUUACACGAGGUUGGUCACGAGAGAGAUUCCUUGCAGAGGCAGCUCAAUACUGCGCUUCCACAGGAGUUUGCAGCACUUACUAAAGAACUAAAUGUAUGCAGGGAACAGCUCCUUGAAAGAGAAGAAGAAAUCGCUGAACUGAAAGCGGAAAGGAACAACACCAGGCUGCUGCUGGAACACCUGGAGUGCCUGGUCUCGCGGCACGAGCGGUCCCUCAGGAUGACGGUGGUGAAGCGGCAGGCGCAGUCCCCGGCAGGCGUGUCCAGCGAGGUGGAAGUGCUCAAAGCGCUCAAGUCCUUAUUCGAGCACCACAAAGCCCUGGAUGAGAAGGUGAGAGAACGGUUACGAGUAGCACUUGAAAGGUGUAGUUUGUUAGAAGAAGAAUUAGGUGCCACACAUAAAGAGCUAAUGAUUCUUAAAGAGCAGAAUAACCAGAAAAAGACACUAACGGACGGGGUGCUUGACAUAAACCACGAGCAGGAGAACACGCCGAGUGCGAACGGAAAGAGAUCUUCUGAUGGUUCUCUAAGCCACGAGGAAGACCUGGCUAAAGUGAUCGAGCUCCAGGAAAUCAUAGACAAGCAGUCAAGAGAGCAGAGCCAGAUGAAGGAGCGCCUGGCCGCCCUGUCUAGUCACGUGACAGAGCUGGAGGAAGAUCUGGACACGGCCAGAAAAGACCUCAUCAAAUCUGAGGAAAUGAACACAAAAUUGCAGCGAGAUGUUCGUGAAGCCAUGGCCCAGAAGGAAGACAUGGAAGAGAGAGUCACUACUCUAGAGAAACGCUACCUCGCAGCACAGCGUGAAGCCACCUCUGUGCACGACCUCAACGAUAAACUGGAAAAUGAAAUUGCAAAUAAGGAGUCUAUGCAUCGACAGACGGAGGAUAAGAACCGCCAGUUGCAAGAACGCCUGGAGCUGGCUGAGCAGAAGCUGCAGCAGACCCUGCGGAGAGCGGAGACGCUCCCCGAGGUGGAGGCAGAGCUGGCCCAGCGGGUGGCCGCGCUCUCCAAGUCUGACCUUUUGUCUUCUGGAAACUCUGCCACUAAGGAAGCUAAACUGUUCGAACUUACUUCCCAGCUUAGGAAGGCCGAAGAGAGACACGGCGACACCGAGGAGAGGCUGCGCCAGAUGGAGGCACGGUUGGAGGAGAAGCACCAGGAGCUGCAGCGGGCAAGGCAGAGAGAAAAAAUGAAUGAAGAACACAAUAAGCGUUUAUCAGACACCGUUGACAAGCUUCUUUCAGAAUCUAACGAGAGGCUUCAGCUUCAUCUUAAAGAGCGAAUGGCAGCUCUGGAAGAUAAGAAUUCCCUCCUACGCGAAGUUGAAAAUGCAAAAAAGCAAUUAGAAGAAAUGCAACAUGAUAAGGAUCAGCUCGUAGUAACCCUGGAAGCCUUGAGAGCGGAACUGGACCAGACGGGGCUGAGAGGGGCUCCCCUACACCACGGCCGACCCCACUUGGGCAGCGUCCCAGAUUUCAGGUUCCCCGUGGCAGACGGGCCCUCGGACUCCUUCAGCAGCAGUGCGGUGUUGCGACGCCCCCAGAAAGGCCGGCUGGCAGCGCUGCGCGACGAGCCUUCCAAGGUGCAGACGCUGAACGAGCAGGACUGGGAGCGCGCCCAGCAAGCCAGCGUGCUGGCCAGCGUGGCCCAGGCGUUCGAGAGCGACGCGGACGUGUCUGACGGCGAGGGCGACAGGGACACCCUCUUCAGCUCGGCCACCCUGCUGUCGCCCAGCGGGCAGGCCGACGCCCAGACGCUGGCCAUGAUGCUUCAGGAGCAGCUGGACGCCAUCAACAAAGAGAUCCGGUUGAUACAAGAAGAAAAGGAGAACACGGAGCAGCGGGCGGAGGAGAUUGAAAGCAGGGUGGGCAGUGGGAGCUUAGACAGCCUCGGUCGUUUUCGAUCAGUGAGCUCCAUCCCCCCGUACCCCGCUUCCUCUCGGGCCAGCUCUUCCCCUCCCAGCAGCGGGCGGCCCACCCCUCGAAGGGCCCCGCACAGCCCUGCGAGGGAAGUGGACAGACUAGGCGUCAUGACUCUGCCUAGUGAUUUAAGGAAACAUCGUAGAAAGCUGCCAGCUUCGCGAGAAGAGGUACGAGACGACAAGACGACCAUCAAAUGUGAGACCUCGCCCCCCUCCUCCCCGCGGUCCCUUCGGCUGGAGCGGCUGCACACAGCCAGCCAUGAGGACAUCAGGGACGCACGCAACUCGACAGGCUCGCAGGACGGCCCCGCGAGCAACCCCAGCAGUAGCAACAGCAGCCAGGACUCGCUGCACAAAGCCCCCAAGAAGAAGGGCAUCAAGUCCUCUAUCGGCCGCUUGUUCGGCAAGAAAGAGAAGGGCCGACCUGGAGCCCUUGGCAAGGAAUCGCUGGGACAAGCUGUUAUUUCAGAGACAGAAAACUCAUCUCAAGAUGCCUUGGGACUCAGCAAAUUGGGAGGACAGGCUGAAAAAAAUCGUAAACUUCAAAAAAAGCAUGAAUUGCUCGAAGAAGCCCGAAGACAAGGCUUACCCUUUGCACAGUGGGACGGGCCGACUGUUGUCGUCUGGCUGGAGCUCUGGGUCGGGAUGCCGGCCUGGUACGUGGCUGCUUGCCGAGCCAACGUGAAGAGCGGGGCCAUCAUGUCCGCCCUGUCGGACACGGAGAUCCAGCGCGAGAUCGGCAUCAGCAACCCUCUGCACCGGCUGAAGCUGAGGCUGGCGAUUCAGGAGAUCAUGUCCCUGACAAGCCCGUCAGCGCCUCCUACAUCACGAACGACCACAGGAAAUGUCUGGUUAACACACGAGGAGAUGGAGACGCUCACGGCCACGCCCCAGACGGAAGAUGAGGAGGGAAGCUGGGCUCAGACACUGGCAUACGGGGACAUGAACCACGAGUGGAUCGGCAACGAGUGGCUGCCCAGCCUGGGCCUCCCGCAGUACCGGAGCUACUUCAUGGAGUGCCUCGUGGACGCGCGGAUGCUGGACCACUUGACCAAGAAAGACCUUCGCGGGCAGCUGAAAAUGGUUGAUAGUUUUCACAGAAACAGUUUCCAGUGUGGAAUUAUGUGCCUGCGAAGGUUAAAUUAUGACCGGAAAGAACUGGAAAGAAAAAGAGAAGAAAGCCAGAAUGAACUAAAAGAUGUGCUUGUUUGGAGCAAUGAUCGAGUGAUUCGCUGGAUCCUCUCCAUUGGUCUCAAGGAAUACGCAAACAAUCUCAUAGAGAGCGGUGUGCACGGUGCCCUUCUGGCCUUAGACGAAACCUUCGACUUCAACGCACUGGCCCUCUUGUUACAGAUCCCUACGCAGAACACACAGGCUCGUGCUGUCUUGGAAAGAGAGUUUAACAACCUUUUGGUCAUGGGGACCGACAGAAGGUUCGAUGAAGAUGAUGAUAAAAGCUUUAGGAGAGCACCUUCUUGGAGAAAAAAAUUUAGACCAAAGGAUGUUCGUGGCUUAGCUGCUGGGUCAGCAGAGACUCUCCCCGCAAACUUCCGGGUCCCAUCCUCUCUGUCCUCGCCCUCUGUGCAGCCAAAGAAGAUGCAGCUGGACGGCAGCGUGGCGGGAGCGCAGAGGCUGGACUCCGCUGCAGUCAGGACUUACUCCUGCUGAGCCUCCGCCGUUUACCCACACUACUUCUACAGAUGAUUAUGCAGCAUUUUGAAUCCAGCGAAGACUACAUUUUGAGCUCAAUGGAAUCUUUAAUCUGUUAAUACUUGUUAUAUGGACCCUAAGAUAUUUUAUUACAGAGUUUUUAAUUAGCGAAAAAUUCAUGAAUACCAUAGAGAAAAUAUUUUAGAAUUUAAUGUUUCUUAUAUUUAUGUAAACUUAUGACUUCAUUUAUAUAGUUACUUACUUUUUCAUGUAUAUCCAGGCUAUAAAUAUCCUUUCAGAUCAGUUCAUGUUCUUAUAUCUGAUUUUAGUCUUUCAAAGGAAUGUACUGUAAUGCUUGUAUGUAUAAAUCCUAUGAACAAAUAUAGGGCUUUUGUAAAUUAUGCAUUUAUUGUAAUUAUUCUUGUUUAAUUUUUUAAUGAUAAACCAUGACAGAGAAAAUGAUUUUACUGCGUUUGUAAAAUCAUCAUGACACAGCGUGCAUUAUCCUUUACAAACUGUAACCUAGCCCUACAACAAUCAUUUUGAAAGAAGCCAACUUACUUUCAAGCAAUUGUUGUUGUGUUUUAAUGACUGACCUUAGCUAUACUUUUUCUAGCAAGAAAUGCUUUACUCUGUAGCGUGAAGAGAUUAAAAAUACGGGGUGUUAAAUAUCAGCUUCUAAUCAAAUUUGGACUGAAAGGAUCAUUAGAACACUAUGAAAAUCUCUUAGGACCGGUGAGCUCUUCCAUAGCCUGGCCUCUGUGGAUCCGGAUACCUCGUCUUGGGUGACUGGCAGAAGCCACGAGCUGGGGGAAGAGCGACUCCGGUGGGGGGGUGGGGCCUGGGCCCCCGCAGCCCGCCGCGCCCGCCCCCUUUACCUUCCCCGCCCCGCCCCCC